AUGUGCGUUUGUUUUUCCCUUCUGUAGUGAUGUUUUAGAAGAGAUUAUUUUGUUAAACUUGAUAUAUUUACUUGGUGUGUGUUUGUUUGUGUGUUUGACAGCACUUUCAUCUGCCAGCAGACAGAAGUGCUCGUCAUGGCAUCAUUGAUCUGCUCUCUACAGGACCAUGGUGAUGACGUGAACUGCUGUGCGCUCUCGGACCGCUUUCUGGCUUCUUGUUCAGAAGAUAAGAGCGUGCGCGUAUACUCGUGCGCGGACUUCUCGGAGCUGCGCUUCUCCCCGCUGCGCACGCACAUGUACGGCGUGCACUGCUGCUGCUUCAGUUCCUGCGGCCGCUUUCUGGCAUCCUGCUCCACGGACGCGCGCACCAUAAUAUGGAGCACGCGCACGGGUGCAGCAGUGGCGGAGCUGGAGCAUCCAGCGCGCGCUGCGGUUCGAGUGUGCGCGUUCUCUCCAGACGCUCGAUUUGUGCUGUCGGGCUCGUCUGACGGGACAGUAACGAUCUGGGAUGUGACGUCAAAAAAGAUGCAAAGGUGUGUUAAAGUGAGUGAAGGGACCGUCCUGACCUGCUGCUUCUCUCCGUGUGCUCAGAUGUUGAUGACGGGCUCCAGUGCUGGAGAUCUUCAGCUCUGGACGCUCAGUUUCAGCUCUUUAUGGACUCAGAGAGAAGCUUAUAAUCUGGGGGUGAACUGCAGCUGCUUCUGUCCGCACUUCAGCAUCGGUAAAACAACAGCGUUAAUCUUAUUAUCUUCACUUCCGGGUGGGGCAGUGGGUAGCGCUGUUGCUUCACAGCAAGAAGGUUGCUGGUUCGAGUCCCGGCUGGGCCAGAUGGCAUUUCUGACAGUGAUGUUUCGACUGGCCUCUGGUGGUCAGGAUAGCCGACUGAGGAUAUGGAUUAUUUCCCAGCAUGCAACAGCAGGCUGUGAGAUGUCUAUGCUGUUCUCUCUCUCUGCUCAAUCUGCUCCUGUUCUCGCUUGUGCUUUCUCAUUUGACGGACAGCUACUUGUCUCAGGGUCUGUUGAUAAAACAGUGGCAGUGUAUGAUGCGAAUCGUGGAGAACUUCUACACUCUCUGACGCAGCACAGCAGAUAUGUGACGGCGUGUGCAUUUUCUCCCUGCGGCCUGAUGUUUGCAUCUGGAUCUAUGGAUAAAACAGUGAAUAUCUGGAGGAUUGGAGAUGCUGAAGCCUCUGAAACAUUGAAAACCUCUGCCCAAGGGAGGAAGUCACAGGGUUACUCCAGAACGCUGGUCUGUGAUUGGUCAGAGGAAGAUGUGUGUGAGUGGCUCGGGGAUGAAGGAUUUGAGGCUCUGGUGGACACAUUUAGGGCCCAUGAUAUUGACGGGCCUGAACUCAUCACAUUAAACACAGAGACGCUGAGCAGCGAAUUUAACAUUGAGUCUGUGGGUCUCCGGGGUCGAGUCUUGAGGAAGAUUAAGGAUCUGAGGUCUUCACUGACGGACACUGACUGUCCAGAUGAGUUUAUCUGUCCAAUCACCAGAGAGCUGAUGAAGGAGCCGGUCAUCGCUGCAGAUGGAUAUUCCUAUGAGAGGGAGGCGAUCGAGAGCUGGAUCAACACUCCCAAUCGCUCCAGCCCGAUGACCAAUCUUCCCUUACAGACCACCAUACUGACGCUCAACAGAAGCCUGAAGAUGGCCAUACAGCGCUGGAAGUCCAGUCAGUGA